UCAUGCUUUUCGCAAGAUCAAGCCAAAAGCGUCAGUUGCAUAUUCUCUAGUAGGCAAUCAACUCCAACAGAUGCGUGAGAGCGACAUGGACGUCAUAGAGCAUCUCGACGAUCAACACCUACUGGUGUUGCAGAAGUUCCCUCGCUUUUCAACCUCAGAUAGAAACGGCCUCCGCCCGAGUCGCAUCGAGUCGGGCCACCAUGGUGAUGGCAAACACACUCAGUGGGGCAGUCCCUCCGUGGGCCCUUCCGAGACGACUACCCCAACGAUGCUGAGUCCGAUUUUGAUGCCGACGUUGAGCAACGGAAGACGAAAACCAAGCGCACACUUUUCUUCCGACGAAAGCGGCUCCGAAGACGAAGAUGGGCUACAAUUCACCCUGGGGCAUCCUUCCACCGCGUCGGAGCUGUCCAUAGCAUCGCAUGGAACAGAGAGUGUAACGGCCAGCAUCGCGGCGCUGGGCGCCCCACGGGAGGAGCUCAUGAUGCUUUUACCUUGCGGUGCGCUUACCUCGCCGGGUGGCGCGGCAGCAAUUGGAAUGGGUCGAGAAGCUGUCGAGAAACAGAGCGGAGCAAUGUCUCUUUCGCGGAUUGAUGAAGCCGAGCGUGAAGGCAUAGCAUCCACACGAGACUUGGCGGAUAGUCAAAGCAAGUCAGCCGACAACGGAAUCGCCAGCGCCGCGGGACUACUAGAAAACACCGGUCUUUCACCAAAAUUCAACUUGCACCAUCACGAACCUGCAACUUAUAUCUUUAGUCCGGCAUUUUCAACACCUGGCCGAAAGAACACUCUGUUGCAGCGCCUAUUCAGCAAACCCGACACGGUGGAAAUGCCGGAAGAGAUUAUCGUUGGGCGUGCAUCCCAGACGCAUGCAGGCGAUGCUGACGAAGAUGAACCUGAGAAACAGGAAGGGGAAAGAGAAGAAGAGGGUGACGAUGCAGACGUGCAAGCAGAUGGUGUGGACCAUGACGUGGAAACUGAUGCGAAGAUCAGCUCGACAAGAACAAGUGGGGAGGAAAUCGAAAAGGCGCAUUCCAAAAAAGAGGAAGUGCAUGAGUACAUACAUCUUCUUCACUACCCUGGAUCGCUUCACAGCGAUCACGAGCGGCCGCGGAAACAUCAGAAUAAAGCAGAGCAGCUAAUAGGAAAGCUUUUGCAUCUGAAGAGCACCGCCGAGGAACGUGGACGACGGGCUGGCUCUCUGCCACGGUCAUCGAAGCCCGCCAGCCGAACAAGCAGCGUUGGCGGUGAAGAUAUGGCAUCUCCAGCCUCCCUAUUUUCCAGCGCGCAGCCGUCGCCAACGGCUAGCCCACGGCCAGGGGACUUUGUCCAGGUGACAGUAGAUGCUGGAGAUGUGAUUUCCCAUAAACCACCAGAAAAUGGGGACCGUUCGGAACCUUCAACGGCAAAAAACCUUUUCUCAUUCCUUCACGCCCCAUUACGGAGCUCCUCAGUGACUCGUAACAGGUCUACUUCCACAAGCCGGUCGCGGGCUUCAGAAACGGAACACCCACGCCAGCAUGAGCUACCGGGCUCUAGUGCCGCUGAGGAAAGGAGUAGCGUGACUCCUGGGAACGACACGCCGGGCUUGCCGGCGCCUUCACCGCAACCUUCAGCUCUCAGUUUCCUCCAUGCAAGCAUUACAAAAACGGCAUCUCCUUUGGGCCGCAAGCGGUCUGCGUCCCUGACUCGGAAUGGUGCAUCCCGAGCCGAUCGACCACCGAAGGUUUUCGGAACCGGCUCAUCGCAUCCGGAGCUACCGGGAAGACCUGCGCCAACUGACGGUACCGAUUCAGAGGCGGAUCAAUCAUCUCGACCCGAAUCACCGUUACCAUCUCCGCAGGCGAAUGCAGGAUUCUUUGAAGGGGAGGGGCCGCAUGAGGGGAAAGUGUUAGAGGUAGAGCUAGAGCCACAUAGUUUGCUUACUCGGAAGAGCAGCGCCAAAAAAUUGGGGCGAAGCGCCAGUGAGACCAGUAUGGCCGAGAAGUACGGGGUCGUGCACAAGAAUCAAGUACUGGGCAAAGGCGCCAAUGCCGUUGUGAGACUGGCACACAAAAUUGACACUACCGCACCAAAUCCGACGGAAGUACUCUACGCUGUCAAAGAGUUCCGAAAGCGACGGAAAGAAGAGACGCACAGAGACUAUCUCAAAAAGCUGAUUGCCGAAUUUUGCAUCAGCUCCAAUAUGCAUCACGAGAAUGUCAUACAGACAGUAGAUCUGAUUCAAGAUGAGCGCGAAAGAUGGUGCCAAGUAAUGGAGUACAUGCCAGGGGGUGAUCUCUUCGGGUUGUUGGCCAACGGAUCAUUGAAGGAGAUGGACGAGAGAUUAUGCAUCUUCAAGCAAGUGAUGUCGGGUGUGCAGUACCUGCACUCGGUCGGUGUUGCACAUCGCGACUUGAAACCGGAGAACCUCCUCUUGGAUGCCGAUGAGCGGAUAGUCAAGAUUACCGAUUUUGGUGUAUCGGAGGUCUUCAGAACGUGCUUCGAAAGGGCACCGAGGAAGCAGAAAGGGAUAUGUGGAAGCAUGCCGUAUAUCCCACCAGAAGAAUGGAGUUCGCCGCAAUCGUACGAUGGGAGUAAAGCGGACAUUUGGGCCUGUGGCAUCAUCUUCUUCACGCUUUUCAAUCGGUCAAUGCCAUGGCGCGUGGCAAGAAUGGGAGCAGAUGCGCAUUAUUCACGCUACGCAAACUACAUAACUGGGGUGUACAACCCACUGGAUAAAGAUCAAAUCAAUCACGCAGCACAUCCGGACGCAACACAUGGAUAUGCCCCCUUCGACAAAAUACCCCCAGGGCCUCGUACGCUACUGUACCGUUUACUAGAUCCAAGUCCACAGACUCGGUGGUCUGCAGACCAACUGUUUCAAGAUGAGUGGUUCUCACGUGUGGAAGCUUGCAAGGUUGGAGCCCUGAAGCACAAGCAUGGUGCGAAACAAUGGCCUGCUGUGAUGGUCUAGCAGUCUGGGCUGAAUGGGGCAGCAAGCCGAUAUUUAUCUAUUCCCGUCUGUAUAUAGGUCUUCAUAAUUGCGAAUACUUUUUGUUUUCGCG